AUGUACGAGUUCUGCCCCUCUCAUAUGAAGCUCGUCAUCAUUGCUCACUUAGAUCAGGCAUCAUUUGCUUUCUUUGAAGCCCUCUGGGAGGGCGGCGUCAGCCACGUCUUUGUCAAUCUGGGAUCCGACCAUCCCUCCAUUCUCGAGGCCAUGGUAAAAGGCCAAAAGGAAAAGAGAGACCAAUUCCCUAAAAUCAUCACCUGUCCCAACGAGAUGGUCGCACUCUCAAUGGCAGACGGAUACGCCCGCCUGACCGGCAAACCACAAGCAGUAAUCGUCCACGUCGACGUCGGCACGCAGGGAUUAGGAGCAGCGGUACACAACGCUUCAUGUGGACGCGCCCCGGUUUUAAUCUUUGCCGGUCUAUCGCCGUACACGAUUGAGGGUGAGAUGCGAGGGUCCCGCACAGAAUAUAUUCACUGGAUACAGGACGUACCAGACCAGAAGCAGAUCGUCUCUCAGUAUUGUCGAUACUCGGGUGAAAUCAAAUCUGGCAAGAAUGUUAAACAGAUCGUGAAUCGCGCUUUGCAGUUCGCGACUAGUGAUCCUCAAGGCCCUGUUUACCUUGUUGGCGCUCGGGAGGUUAUGGAAGAGGAUAUUGAGCCGUAUCAGUUGAAUCAGAGUGUUUGGGGUCCUGUCUCUCCGGCUGCAUUGCCAAGUUCUGGCGUUGAAAUGAUUGCAUCUGAGCUUGCGGCUGCAAAACAGCCUCUUGUUAUUGCUGGGUAUAGUGGACGGAAGGCUCAAGCGGUGACUGAGCUGGUGACAUUGGCGAACCACUUCAAGGGAAUUCGCGUUUUGGACACUGGUGGUAGUGAUAUGUGUUUCCCUGCUGACCACCCAGGCUGGCUGGGGUUGAGAUAUCCCGGGCAUGACGCCGUCAAAACGGCAGACUUGAUUCUCGUGAUUGACUGCGAUGUACCUUGGGUUCCGACACAGUUCAAGCCAUCUGGAUCGGCCAAGAUUAUGCACAUUGAUGUCGACCCGCUGAAGCAGCAAAUUCCGGUCUUCUAUAUCCAUUCUAUAGCGACAUUCCGUGCCGACUCUUCUACCGCACUGAGGCAGAUUAAUGACUAUGUUGCUGCGCAGGGGUCUUUGCAGAAGUUCGUUGGAUCCAAGGAGAAUACCAUAAUGGGACAACGCCGGGACGACGAAUAUCUGAAGCGCCGACAGGAAAUUACUGAUCUCGCUAUUGUCCCCAAGGGUGGUGACGGGGCUCCGCUGAAUAUCAAUUAUCUUAUGGCACAGGUCCGCCAGGGCGUCCCAGCUGAUACGAUCUGGGCCAUCGAGUCAGUGACCAAUACCCACUGGGUUGCAGACCAGAUCUCAGCCACACUACCCCAAUCAUGGAUCAACUGUGGAGGAGGCGGACUUGGCUGGUCUGGCGGUGGUGCACUAGGCAUCAAGCUAGCCAGCGACGUGCAGCAUGGCGGACGUGGAAAAGGCAAGUUCGUCUGUCAAGUCGUUGGCGAUGGCACGUUCCUAUUCUCGGUGCCUGGAUCCGUGUACUGGAUUUCACGCCGCUAUGGAAUCCCCAUUCUUACGAUUGUCCUAAACAAUAAGGGCUGGAAUGCCCCUCGACGAAGUAUGCUUCUCGUUCAUCCCGAGGGUGACGGGUCCCGCGCUACCAACGAGGACCUCAAUAUCUCUUUUGCACCUACCCCUGAUUAUGCGGGAAUUGCUAGUGCUGCGGCCGGUGGUGAGAUCUGGGGUGGCCGUGCAGCCACUGUUGCCGAACUUGCACGGAGGCUUCCCGAGGCCAUCCAAAGCGUGUUGGGUGGGAAGUCAGCGGUGUUGGAAGCGCAGCUUGAUGGAACUAACGGGAAGUAUGUGGAGAGCUCUAGGCUUUGA